GACAUAAGGCUUUUAGUGGCUUGCUAGCUGGCUACUGCCUAUCGGUAGUUAGAGUCAGGUCACCUCGGUCCGUAGUUGCACAGAGAUUGGCAUUAUUUCUUGUAACGGGUUGACAAACAAAUUGGGAGCGUAUGCUUUGUGCAGUUUAGCAUUUAAUGCACGUUCAGUCAAUGCGUAAUCGAUCUAGCCUGUCCGCUAAAAUUGCCUGUUACUAGCAAGCUAUUAGCUAGCAGCAGCUAGCGAGACACCUGGAUUCAGCUCGAGGGCUAGCUACUAGUUAGUAGCUACUAAGAAUCUGCUGGAAAUAUCGCAGGAUAAUUUUGGAAACACUAAAUUCAUUUUUCAUCUACAGAAUGGCAAGACCUUCGAGGAACAAGAGGGUGGUUGAUUAUGCACAGUUCCAAGAGUCCGAUGAUGCAGAUGAGGAGUAUGGAAGAGACUCAGACAGACCCAAGAAGAUGAAACAGAGUGAGGAUUCUACAUUUAAGGACCAUGAGAAUGAUUUUGGCAGUGAUGAAGAUAACGACUAUGGUGAAGAGGAUGAUGAAGAUGGUGGAGACAGUGACUACGAUACAAAGAAACCCAGUAAAGGAAGGCAGGUGACUGCCAAAAGGAAACGGGCGUCAGAAGACAGCGACGAUGAUAAAGUGGUGCGGAAGAAGGGGCGGCAAGUGCGCCAGGCUGCCACCAAAGCUGUGUCCAAACAGCGGGAGAUGCUUCUUGGUGAUGGAGGCAGCGAGGAUGAAGAGGACGAAGAAGAUGAGGAUGAGGAUGAUAGCGAUGUCUACACUGGGGAAGACUCGGGCAGUGAUGAAGACUUCAUGGUGGAGGACGAUGAUGAUGACAGUGACUAUGGUCGUCCCAGAAGGAGAAGUUCAAAGUCUAGCAGGAGAAGCAAGCAAGAGAAGAAAUCCCCCAAACCGAGGAUAAGGGCCUCAGUGACUCGAGGUCCCAAGAAGAGGAAGGGGAGAAGACAGACAAAAGUGAGAAGGGUAGUGUCUAAGAAGGUCUCGCUGGAGGCAGAGGAGGAGGACGGCGACAGCCCAAAGGAAGACGAGAAGGCAUAUGAAGCAGACAAGACAGAUUCCCCUUCCCCGAAGAAAGAAGAGGCCGCUCGGGAGGGCGACGACGCGGAAGAAAAAGAAGACAGAGAGAGAGAAAAGGAGAAAGAGGAAAAGGACGAUGAAUCGGAGGAGGAGGCGCCUUCGGGGGAAGACUGAUGGUUUCCAACCUGAUUGUGAAAAUGUGUUUUACCUGUUUUGUUUCCUUAUGAGGCGCAGUGAAAAUAGUUUUUUGUUUUCACAUCUGCCUGAUUCAGUGUUUUGGAUGUUUUUGUUUUAUUUCUCUGACUUGUAAAUACCAUAUCACAAUGUACUCUCCCUAAAGUCCUGUUCACACCAUCAUGAAACAGUUUGUUCCAGUUCCAAGAACGAUUAUAACUUGGUUGCCUCACCACGGGUAUGAUAGGAAACCGUGUAAAUGUUAAUUACGCUCAUUGCAUUUCUGAACUAUCAACCUAUAUGUUGUUUAUGCUUAUAACGACAACAAAGAAUUACAUUCAGUUCCGAGACUUAAGGUACUUUUUACUUUAUCGCAGUGAUAGAUCUUAUUUUUUCCAGAAUUUGAAUUGGCUGUCCCUUUUUUUUUUCAGUAUGUUCAGUAUAAAUCAAACUUGGAUGAGAUGAGACUGCAGUUUUUCAGAACGCAUAAAUGUUGUGUAAAUUCAAGCGUUUCAUGGUGAAAUCUAUCUCGCGAUAGGACAAAUUCCACUACUUCAGUGUGAACAGGGCUAAAGUGUGAAGUGCAGUGUAGAAACAGACUCUGUGUAUGAGGGAGAAAUAUUAUGGUCAAGAUUCAUUACGCUCUUUAAAAAAAAAAGAAAAAAGAAAAAAAAGAAAGAUUAAUAGAAAUAUCUGUGUGGCCACAAAACAGCCUGACGUUAAUAUCCAAUCAUGUUAUCAGUUUUGUUUGAUCCAGUCAUAAUUCAUGCUGAGAUUUUCCACCAUGCUGACGCAGUUUAAAGUCAGAUAUCCACAUGGCAUUGUUUUGCCUUUUCAACGCGUGUUCAUUUUUCUGUUAAAAAUCUUUUUAUCAGUUUAACUCUCAUCCUCCUUGAGCAUUUGAACUUUGAUUACAAUUUUAUAUAGCUGUUCUGAAUCGUUUUUUGUUUGUUUUUUUGUUUUGUUUUGUUUUUCUUUCACUGAUGGCAUGCUUUUAUAUAUGUUCAGCAAUGUUCAGCAUGUCAGUCUUGGUCAUUGAGAUAUGAGAGAGUGUGAGGAGUACAUGCUGACCUGGGGCAACUACUGUCUACAAUGAGAAUAUGAAACUUUCUGGCUAUGAGUGUUGUCAGGUGCAAGCUAGUACUGACACUAUAUUGACUUCUGCAAAUGCUUCAUCUGUGUAUUCCAGAAUAUUCUGAUGCUUGUAGAUGCCUUUUUUUGAAACCAGUUUAUCUGUGGAGGUGGCAGAGCAGUAUCAUGGACCUGAAUUCAGUGCACACCAUUCAGAGCUCAAGCAACAGCCCCCCCCCCCCCCCCUCUGCUUCUUUUGUCUAUUUUUAUGGCUUUAUCUUUAAUCUAAAUCUUGAGCCUUUCAUUCUCUAUCAUAAUUUAUCCUAUUUUUUGUUUUAAUUUCG